UUAUAAUCAACGAAAACGGUUGUUUAAAAAAUAAUACAAUAGGUGUAUUAUUACAACAAUAAUAAAAAUUACAACAAUAACGUCAUUUCUAUUUAUUACGUAAGAACAUAAAAAACGGACAGCGGCUGUUUAUAAAUGAUAAGAACGGUUGUCGGACGAGCGAAAACACCACAGUAGUUGCAGCAGCAGCUGUAUAUUAUUGUAUUAUGCCGGUAUACGCGUCGUUUGGGAACCACUAUCGUUUUCGAAUAUUCGACGCAUGAUUGUAUUUUGGUGUGUGUUUUCCUUUGUUCACCUGUGCCGCCGCCGCCGCCGCUGUGUGUUUUGAGUUUUGCUCGUUGUCGGCGAAAAACGGAAAGUUUCCGAGUCGAUCGAUUCGUAUUGUGUCGUCCGUCUGUCCGAGUCGGCCGGCCCAAAUUUUGCUUAGGUUGCCAAACGCAAAAUAAUUCUCGAUUGGCGCGUGCACGUCGGCCGUCCACAGCGAACGGAUCAAAUGACUACUGCCAGUAUCUAAUCGUCGCUGAUAGCAAACCGAAAUCGUCUGAACCCAAUGUCUUAACAGGGUAGUGCGACUACAGCCACAAGUUCGUCUCGAGUCGUUCGCACUCCAGCCCAGACAGGUUGCUUGCUGCCCGUUUAGAACCUCAGUGGUCGUAUCACCAUGUCCACCACUCCCACGCCGAGGAGUCCCAGCAGUUCCGGUCGUCGAGCGGUCACGGCGGCUUUGCCCGUGGUCGCCACUGUGCAGGGUACGCCUCCGUCAUCGCCGUCCAUCGGGGAAUCCAACAAGGAAGUCAAACCCAAUCCGAAAAUGUCAAAAGCGCUUAGUACAUCGACCAAGAGGAUACAAAAAGAAUUGGCUGAAAUUACAUUGGAUCCUCCUCCAAAUUGCAGCGCCGGGCCAAAAGCCGAUAAUUUAUACGAAUGGGUUAGUACGAUUUUAGGGCCUCCGGGUUCAGUUUAUGAAGGCGGAGUGUUUUUUUUAGACAUACACUUCACUGCAGAAUAUCCAUUUAAACCCCCCAAAGUAACAUUCAGGACUCGUAUAUACCAUUGCAAUAUCAACUCACAAGGUGUCAUUUGCUUGGAUAUAUUAAAAGAUAAUUGGUCGCCUGCUCUGACCAUAUCGAAGGUGCUGUUAUCUAUAUGUUCCCUAUUGACUGAUUGUAAUCCAGCGGAUCCACUAGUUGGCAGUAUCGCGACACAAUAUCUACAAAAUCGCGACGAACACGACAGAAUUGCUAGGUUAUGGACUAAACGGUAUGCUACAUAAUUCGACUUCUGAUAGGAUAAGAAUUUGAAAAACAAAAUAUAAUUAUAAAAAGAAAAAAAUUGAAAAAUUAAAAAAAAUUAAAUUAAAAAAAAAAAUCCUAUUUCACUAUAAAUAUUAAAUGGGUGUUAGAAUGCUACAGUUACGAUUUUUUUUUUUUUUUUUUAUAUUUAAUAUAGUUGGCAGUAAUUAAGACCUGAAUGAGUCAGUUCCUACAUUUUUCAUAAAUGUGUAUUUUUAUUUUUCAUGGAACCGUGAUAUUUUAAUUUUUAGAAGUACGAUAAGAACUUAGAAGAACGUGUAUUUUUGUAUACUCUUCUUUUUACUCGACACGGCUGCGUAACAUUAUAUUAAUGCUGUAAUUUUUUAUCGACUGUAACUAAAUAAUAAUAUGUAAUUAAAUUACUCGUUCAGUAUCGUACUAAUUACUAUUAAGUAGUAUAAAGCUUGUUGUUUAUUAAUCGACAUUGGAAACAAAUUUGUGUUCGAGCUAAUAUAGAAAUAUUUUUUUUACUUAGCAUAGAAUUUAAGAAUUCUUAUUUACAACCAAUAAGUAAUUGCCUGAACAAUAUAUUAUAUUAAUUUCACUUAAAUUUUUGAAUUUACUCAAAAAAUGUAUUUUUCGUAUACAUAUUAAAUUGUAUAAUAUAUUUUUAGUUUAAAUUAAAAAUGAAUUAGGUACAAAUAACAUAAUAUAUUGUUUGUGUAAAAUAUAAUUUACAUUUCUCGUCUUAAUUUUUCUUUAGUCUGGCGACAUUUUUUUUACUACUUUGAUGAAAAUUCAUAGUUUGUACAUUUUACUUAUUGGUCGAUUAUUAUUAUUUUUUUAAUAUGAGUUUUUAAUUCAAUCCGAUGUGUGCAAUAAUUAUAAAUAUCGGAUAAAAUCAGAACUAUAUAUAAAUACACAUUUUGUGUUUUUACACACCCAUCCACACAUUGUUUGUUAUUAAAAUUACAUUUUUUGAUUUACUUGUAAUGUUUUUUUUUAACAAUAGACGAGAAUAGUGAACCUUUCUAGUCUAGGAAAUAUGAUAUUUUUUAAUUUAUGUAUAAGAAUUGUGUUGAUUUAGACUGAAAUAAACAAUUACUAGUAAAUAUUAUCAAUCGAAAAAAAAACCACAAUAAAAUCUAGUAAUGUUGCGCAGUCUGUCGAGUGUAUGAUUAACUUAUACUAAUUAUUUGAUUUUAAUAAUUAAAAAAACAAAAAGGGGUGAGAUUAAUCUUUUUUUUCUAUAAUUUUUUACUUUUUCUUUGGAAACUCUUUAAAUAAAAGGUUGAAUGUAUAUUUUUUUAACCGAUUUAAUUAAGUUUGAAAAAAAAAAAUGUUUUUACAUUAAUGAAUUGUAAAUUAUCUCGUUUUGUUGGUCUGAAAAUUAAAAUGUUUUGAAUUUACCAUGUAAUUGUGUAUUGCAUGAUUAAACAUUUUUAAAAAAAUUACAAAAUUUAGCAUAUCUGUACAUUUAUAA